UUACAGGGCACUCUCCAAGCUCAACCCACGCUGAGUCCUCCUCUGCCCUCCUACCCCUCGGAUUUCAGCGCUCUGAACCCUCCUCCCUACAGCAACUCCCCCUCGGUGCCCCCCGCGCCCAAAGCCAGCGAUGCCACCCCCAAGGGACCCCGCGGGGGUUCUCUAGGGGCUCGUCCUGCUUGUGAUUGUCCGAAUUGUCAGGAGCUGGAGAGGAUGGGGGGACCUGGGGGGUCUCGGAGGAAACCCGUGCACAGCUGUCACAUUCCUGGCUGUGGGAAGGUGUACGGCAAAGCUUCGCACCUCAAGGCUCAUCUGCGUUGGCACACGGGGGAAAGACCCUUCGUGUGCAACUGGCUCUUCUGUGGGAAACGUUUCACCCGCAGCGAUGAGUUGGAGAGACACGUCCGGACCCACACGAGGGAGAAGAAAUUCACUUGUCUCCUCUGCAGCAAACGUUUCACCCGCAGCGACCACCUGAGCAAACAUCAGAAAACACACGCGGAGACAGCGACCCCCAAAGCUCCUGAGCAUCCUCCCGUGUCUCCGCGGCAACCGCCGGCGUCUCCCGGCAAAGAUCCCGGCAGCCCCGAGCCUGGAAGCUUGUUGGAGAUUUGA